AUGAGUAUUCAGUCACCUUCAACUGCUUGUGUGUCUGCAGAAGAAGUGGCAUCAGCUAUGAAUUUAGCAUUUGCUCAAUUUCUAUCUGAUGAACCAACAGCUAUGAUGUUAAUGUCAUCACAAACAUCAAACAAUUCAAAUUCUAAUCAUUAUCCUUCAACAUUAACAACAACAUCGAUUGAUAGUAAUAAUAAUAAUAGUAACGCGACAAAUGCUAAUAGUAGUAGCGCAAUUUUUUUUGGUUCUCAACAUAGACACAGAAGACCACCGACACCUUAUGCAAUAGCAACAGAUUAUACAGACGAAUCACCUACAUCUUCGUUACCUCGAUAUAAAACCAUUGUAAAAUUAACCACAUCCUCUACACAAGCUCCACUUGAAUGUUCGUCGACAGAUCUUCCAACUAUGUCAAACGAUCUAACUGAUUAUUCAGGUUUUCUAAUAGCAACACCGUCACAAUCUUCUACAACUUCAUCUACCACUACUACGACAACGACUUCAACAGUCCACUGCAAAAAACGUUCCAUAUCAAAUGAAUAUGAUUUUUCACCCUCAAUCACAAAUCAAAAACGAUUCCGUUCUACUACGGUGACAUCAAAUUGGAUCUCAGACGAAUCGGACGAUGAUGAGUCAGAAUCAGUGCAAACUACCGUUACUAAUUCUACGACUACUACAGCCGCUGCUAUUGCAGCUGCAGUAACAGCAUCCUUGUUAACUGCUAACAAUCAUAAUAAUACAACCACAACAUUAUCGGUUAUUCGAGAAAAUGAUCCAGCAACAACAACCACAAAUGAAUUUUAUGAUUUCACAAUUGAUCCAACAGAACCAGAAUUAGUUGAUUUAACAAUACCAUCACCCGCUCAACAUCAUAGACGAACAUUAGAAAUUGUUCCAGAUGAAAGUUUCAGUGACGACGAUAAUGACGAAGAACAAAUACGACGUCAACAAAUAAAUAAAGCGGAACAACCUAAAGCAACAUCUUCUACUUCAACGUCAGCUCCUCGAUCAACAAAUAAUUGUCAUUCAUUGAGACCGAUUACUUAUCAAUCUCCGCACCAUCAGCAACAAUCGGCGUUUUUUCCUGUUUUUCAUCAUCAAUACCAACAACAACAAUUAAAUUUCCACUCACAUCGACCUAGUCAUCACAGGCAGGUCUUCUUACGACGUGGAAAUUCUGCUACAUUGUGUACAUCAGAUACCAGUCGAUCUCAUCGACAUCAACCUGAACAUUGUAAUACUACUCCAUUAGCAUUUCGUUCAAAUCAUCCUCAGCCUUAUCCGCCAGUGCCACUCCAUCAUCAUCACUUACCUUAUCCAAUAAAUCCAUAUGGUUGUCGUGCAUCGCCACACACUCCAACUGUCGUAUGUCCGUCCAAUUCAUCAUCAACUAUACAACCAAAUACGGGCCAUCUGCAAAAUUCUAGUCUUCCUUCCUCAUUUAUCUUAUAUCCACCACAACAAGAGCAAAUUGCAGCCGCAGCAGCUGCCGCUGCCGCUGCUGUUGCCGUAUCAUCUACUCUUAAUUCAAAUCCACAUUAUAUCGCACCUAUUCCAAAUAGUACAAAUCAUCACAUUCCCCAUUAUCAUCAUCCACAUCAUUUACGUUUGUCUUAUCAACAACAAGCAAAUCAAGAAAGACAGCGUCGACGUCAAAUAAAUGAUUAUCACAAUCAGCAUCAUAUAAGCGCAUUGUUUCAGCGACAACAACAACCUGCGUCAUCAAAUAUUCAAGCGCAUGUUACCAUUCAAGCUACCCCACCCACAACCACAUCAACAACAAAUUCAUACCAUUUAACAUUUGGACCUGGUAUGCAUUUAUCCAUUGGAUCUACUACAGCAAGUCAGCCAAAUUCAACGACAAAUAACUCUGCUCAACAAGUAAAUAAUGGCUGGCCACCAAUUUUAUUUCGUCCAUUACGUAAUCCAUUAAUUGUUCGUGGACAACAAUUUUUGGGUGCGGAGCGUGCUGAACAUGUUGUUGAAGAAUUAUUACGAAUGGAGGAACAAUUAAUUGGUACAACACAACAGGGUGCUAAUAUAAAUAUGGGUGCAACACAAGAACAAAUAAAUAAAACAACAUUAGCGUAUAAAUAUCAUAAACGGAAACAACAAUAUGUGGAUGUAAUAGACUCGAGUCAAGUAGAAAAAUGUACAAUAUGUCUAUGUGAAUUUGACGAGAAUGAAGAUGUUCGACGUUUACCAUGCAUGCAUCUAUUUCAUAUACCGUGUGUUGAUCGAUGGUUAUCAACAAACAGACGAUGUCCCAUCUGUCGAAUUGACAUUGAAUACAAGGGUGAUUUUAUUGAUUAUGGAUGUUAA